AUGGACCGCCGGCUCUGUGGCAUCUCUUCUCGUACUGGUUAUUCCGUUUCAAUGAAUUUGCUUAUUUUAUCGAAAGAAGCCAUGAACUUGUCGACCACGCUGAGCAAGCAAUCAAUUACAGCCACACAACUCACCCUGGUGAAAAACCAAGAGGCCAAAAAAAUGGUGGCACUCAAUGGAAAGCAGAAAGGCUUCAUUUGCAAACAGCCCUCUGCAAUUCAGGAGGAGGGGGAAUAA